AGGGUUGAGUUUGGUUUGGUGGUGGCAGUGGCGGUGAGGAGAAUAGUGUGGCCGGACUGUAGGAGAGAGGGGUGGUAUUAUAUUUGCGCAGGGCCGCCCGAUAGGGCGCAGUAUCGUCGCGACCGCCGUCGCGUGCACGUCGAUUUUCUGUGCGUUUACGUAUAUACCAGACCGCGAGUGCGUCUGCACCGAGAACAUCGUUUUCCCUCCUUGUCGGUCGUAUAUACUUUGACCGGCCUCCUCUCGUAUACUCCUUUUCUUCUCUCUUUCUCUCUAUCUAUCCUUCUCGCGUUCUAGCUCCACCUCCUCUAUAUUCGCUCCUCUCUUUCUAUACCUUGUUCUCUAUUCUUCUCCUUUCUUCUCUUUCUCUCUCUCUUUCUUUCUCUUCUCUCUUUCCCUUUCUCUCUGCCUUUCUUUCUCUGCCUCUCUCUUUCUCUCUCUUUCUCUGUCUCUCUCUCUCUCUCUCUCUUCCUCUCACGUUAUUGGCUCUCGCUCAGUUUCUCCAUUCCAUGCGUAUUCCUCCGUGUUACUCUCCUCGAUGUUUCGCGCGUGAUCGUGCCCACUGCUCCACUACAGUUCGCGUUCCGCGAGAUACGUAUGAUCCGAUCGAACUGUAAACAACAACAGAGAUCGCGAAAGUCGAGAGCGAAUCCUCGAGCAGGAGUCGUUAAGUGUUCUUGGCCCAAGAGUGAGUAGAAACAAAAUAAAAAAGAAAAAAAGAAAAAGAAAGAAAAAGAAAAAAAAAGAGUGUUGUUCACGUGAUGAUUGGUGUGUUCGUUUAUGUUUUUUUGCACACAUUGUCUCCGAAUACAAAAUAAAAGAAAGGAUCUUCUUCUUGGUUUACUUCAACCUAACCUCCCCGAUUAUAUCUCACCCCCAUUGCACGGCCCCCACAAUCCAAGUGACUUUUCGACGUUCACGCAACGCGCGGCCUGCCUCGCGUUAAUUCGACGGAUACACCGAGAGGUUGGGCUUCUCGGUGCACGAAUAAUUGCCGGCAAUUGCCGCCGGAUUGUUUUCUGGGGGGAAAGGGGUGGUGGAAUCUCACCUCGAGCGAUGGAGUAACGAGAAUCAACGGAAUGAAUACGCUCGUUUUCACCCCCAAACCCGUGAUAAUAAAGGGUGAAUCAUCAAUCGUCCGAGCAAAUGCUAGGACCUUUGCCGAACAACCGAUCUUAGCUGGCUGUUCUUGCGUUGCGUGAAAAGUCUUUGGAAAAUAGGGACCAAAUCUCGGCGACCUGGACCUCGAGAUUGGAACGAUAUCAGAUAGCAUGAUAUUUUCGUGAGACGGAAACCAAAGCUGGAGUUAUUCACAAUCGGUUGCGAACAUGUUAACGCUAGAAGAAGUUCUCGUCAAAAGUGUAGAAAGCAUGGCGAGGAUAUACCGUUAAUGUCAUCCGUAUUAAGUUUAAGAGGGCCAAUCGAAAAACGCGGUCGUUCUUAAAAUACAAGAAAGGAGCGGAAAAGAAGAGGAGAAAAAGACGAAGGCUGUCCCAGUGAUCCUGUUGGAUAGAGGUCAAUGGAGCCAUCUUGAUGCAGGCUGCAAAACUACGUGGGGAUUACCCGUCGUGGUCGUCGGGCUGAUUUCAACGGUGAACAGUGGCGAUUCCACCCGUGGGUGGAAGCGCCGUUUUCAUCACCGUCAACGGCGAAUAGUACAGCCACUUCCGCUUCCUCCACCCCACGUGGCCGAACCAUUACCUGAUAAGAGCUGGAGAAGCGGCCGCAGCCGCAGCCGCCUCGGAGCUCUGAGGAGCUGGAGGAUCUGCACAAGCUGCUGCACUUCCCCGAGGAGGUGGCGCUCAGGUUGACGGAGACCGAAUACCAGCUGUUCUACCAGGUACCGCCUGAGGAGUACCUAAGGCACGUGGCACAAGAUCAGAAUACGCAGAAACUACCUGCCAGGCCACCCCCGUCGCCGAGUCGCAGCUACUGCAAUCCGAGCACCGCCAACAGCUCGACCCAGACCGAGGAAGAGUCUAACUGGCCUGUACCCAACUUCUCCUCUUCCGUUCAGACGCUCAUCAAUCGUUUCAAUGAGGUGAGCUCAUGGGUUACCCACGCGAUCACAAGUGGCACAACGAUAGAAGAAAGGCAGGCUGUAUUGUCCUGUCUCCUACGCGUAGCUCAAACCUGUUGGAAUACCGGAAAUUUUAACUCAGCCAUGGAAAUUGUUGCUGGCCUCAAGUCCAACAAGCUGAAACCCUUUUGGAACAGCGUGAACGAGCCGGUACCAGUUUUGGAAAGCCUCUCCUCCGCUCUUUUGUCAUCCGAGUAUGAAUUCGCGCUUGCCCGCUCGUUGGCUAUGCCGGAAUGCCCGGUGGUCCCAUUCUUCGGGGCUUUCUUGCGGGAAUUGCGGGAAGUCAUCGCAUUCGAGUCCAAGUCUCAGUACGCAGAAUGCAAGGACAACCGCGAAUCACCACGCAGAAGCAGCAAGGAUGUCGAGUCCGAAAACGUGUCAUCCUCGGGGCAAACCACGAAGAUCGCUAUCGACACUAGCACGGAAUCAUCCACGGAAUGGAACACGAGGAAUAGUUCUUUGAGGAAAAUAGAGAACACUCCGAUCCGUGACACGGGUUCUGUCCUCGAGAAAAUCGGCGAAUUUCAUAAGCAUCAACAUGCUCGAGGCAGAGACGCGACAACUGGUUCGCUCCAUCGCACUCUGAGCAUUCACACCACUGCAAUUGAGCAGACUUACAUGGCCGAGGAAUGCGACGAGAACGACUAUCAUUUCGAUCUCGAUUCCUACAAACCGGUACAGCCAAUCACGAUCGACCAUGGGGUCGCCUUAUUUCCUGUCGCCGCACCCCACACAGGAAUGGAUCUGCAUCUAUUGCAGGUGUUGCAUCACGGGACGACGUUGGUGCACUGGGACUGCGAGAGCGGUGCCACGAGGACGGCGUUGGUUUUCGCGCGAGUGGAUCGUGCCUGCGGCACCUUCGUCUGGGAGAAACCGCCGUGGAGCCCGUUGAAGACCGCGCAAUUAGGCGGCACAGCGUCCACGGAGUUCUCCCUAACUGCCAAUCCGGAGGACACGGUUCCGGCCGGCCUGUUGUCCAAAUACGGCGCCCAGCAGCAGACCGACUGCGCCUCCGUCACGUUGGAGGAGGGUUACCUGAACCUGAGCUCCGUGAAGGAGGUGAUGAUCGGUUGUUGCGACCGGGACAGGGAGACCGAGCUGAGAAGCAUUUGCAAGAGGUACGGCCUGUCCGGAUCCGACUCGUGCAUCGGCCUUAUGUACGGCUCCAGCCUGCCGGACAAUCGACUGAUCUUUCUCCUUUGCCCUCCUGCGCUUAGCAAAAUUUGGUAUAUGGGUCUUUGUUGGAUAUUAAGAGGCCUGAAACGGCAACAACAAUUAACGGAUCGUAGGUCGCGAUGGUUGAAAGAGAAGUAUCUUCAGCUUUAUUUCGAGGAAGGUUGCCUCGAGCCAAUGACAGCUGACGCUAUAAGGGCUUUCGGCGGUCGCGAUUGGUCCAUGACUGAAAGUAUUGGAACGCUUUCACCGACGAGUAGCAGUAAUCUUCGAAAACGAAACACCAAAGGGAAGAAAACGAAAUCUAUCGGCAAUAUUCACGCGUUAACAAAGGAUUUGAGCCUAAAGCAAUUCGACUCCUCGUCUUCGGAUGGAGGCUUAUCAACGGCCCCACUUCGGCAUAUUACGGGUAGCAGGGAAUCCUUGACGAGAAUCAUACCGGCAUCCCCACGGUCUAGCAGGGAUCGAGUACCCCCACGCAGCCCUCCCGGAUCAGCCGAACGAAUUAUUAGUUCCAACUUGCCUUACUCCAGCUUUCAGAGCCUAUUGUGCGUCGCUAGAGACAAGGAUAAGAAUGGAUCGGGAAUGUCAGGUGGGCUGGAAGCACCUUGGCAAGUGAAAGCGCGCACCACUUCCAUAAUGUACGAAACGCAGUUGAACUUUGUCGAGUUCGUCGCUUUGUUCCGCUCGUUCAGCCUGAGAGCGAGAAAGGAUUUGCGCGACUUAUUCGGCCAACUGGCCAUCACUUGCCGUAGCCAGAGCGACGGCUCUUUGAGAGACUUCAAUGUACGCCCGCCUGUGUUGAGGCAGACCAGUGAUGCAACCCCUCAACGAAUCGGUCUUUUAACGAGGAAUAAUUCCAUAGACUGUCGUGAGUACAAAACUAGCAGCAACCUUCAAAAGAAGCAAGUUUUUGACGCGGUGGCCGCAGCCAGUAUCGUUAAUAAUUGUUCUGGCGUUGAUACCUCGAAAUCCCAAGUAAUCACCCUGGCGACAUUCACUAAAUUUUUGGAAUCUCGUCAACAAGAGAAAUUGACCGACGAUGAAAUCAAGGCGUUGGUCAAGCGACACGAGCCGGACCCAGGGCUACGUACACAAUGGUGUUUGUCUUUCGAGGGCUUUGCACGGUACAUGAUGGACAAGGACAAUUAUGCUUUCCCAAACGAGUAUGCAACGCCGUUCGAGACUGAAAUGCAACAGCCAUUGUCCCAGUAUUACAUCGCCAGCUCGCAUAAUACUUAUUUAACAGGUCAUCAACUCAAAGGAGAAUCCUCGGUCCAGCUUUACUCUCAGGUACUACUAACAGGAUGUAGAUGUGUAGAACUCGAUUGCUGGGAUGGCGAUGAUGGAUCCCCUGUUAUUUACCAUGGUCACACUUUCACUACCAAGAUACCGUUUCGCUCGGUCGUAGAAGCGAUCGACAGAAGUGCUUUCGUCAGUUCCCCGUAUCCUGUCAUCCUCUCCAUCGAAAAUCAUUGUUCACAAAGCCAACAAGCUCGAAUGGCCCAAAUAUUUCAAUCGGUAUUUGGGGACAAACUGGUGACAAAGUUCUUGUUCGAGACCGAUUUCAGCGACGACCCCCAACUGCCAUCGCCGUCGCAGUUGCGCUAUCGAAUAUUAAUCAAGAACAAAAAGCUGGUGGUAGAUCCUGCCGGCCCUUUGGCGCAUCCUCCUUUGAGCCAUCGUGGAAAAAUGCUCAUGACCGAUCGUGCGUCGUCCAUGAAACAGAUGCGCACCGAUGUGAGCAGCGCUUCUGUCGUUUCCGAAUAUUUCAGCGAAGAUGAGGACGACGAGGAAGAUGACGACGAAGACGACAAUAUCGAUGAUAACUCCAUUUCCAGCUACGAAAGGUAUUUGGGCGGGACGCAGGUGGCGCAUACUCGGUUAAAAUCAGAUUCCGCGGUCGACGAUAAGUCACAGAAACAAAGUAGCCAAAUAGCCAAAGAACUUUCGGACUUGGUGAUUUAUCUGCAGGCUAUUAAAUUUCGUGGGCUGAAUACGACACCGGGAACCGCGGCUAUCGGGAAAACGCGUCAUCAACCGCACACUGGACCUGUACAGAGGCACAGUAUAGCUGGAAUAGGAGCCACUAGCAUCGGUGCAUCUUCCGGUUCACCACAAUCUCUGUCAACAUCGGCUUCGUUAGCAAGCGGCGGGAGCAAUAUCGAAAAUCUGUUCAGAUUCACUCGUGGAGUUCCAGCUUGCUUCCAAUGCUCCUCCCUGAAUGAAAGUACAGCGAAAAAGAUAUGCAGGAAACAACCUCUAGGGGUCGUCGCUCAUGCAGAAACCCAAUUGAUACGAACGUAUCCAGCUGGUAUGCGUAUCGACUCGACGAAUUUCAAUCCUGUAAUCUUCUGGGCCUUCGGUAUUCAAAUGGUGGCGCUAAAUUAUCAAACGGACGACGCCGGGCUGAAUCUGAACGCUGCUAUGUUCGAGCAAAAUGGACAGUGCGGAUACGUUAGAAAACCUUCGGUUAUGUGGGACAAGGGUCACAUGAUGUACAGACGAUUCAAUCCAUGGGACAAAGAAUUCGACGGGCUACAUUCGGCACAUCUGACGCUCUCGAUAGUUUCAGGCCAGUACGUCUCCCCAACGAAUUUCGUGGCGAGCACUUACGUCGAAAUCGAGCUGGUCGGUAUACCGAUCGAUUGCGCCAAGCAUAAAACGAAAAUAAUACAGAACAACGCGCUCAAUCCUAUCUGGAACGAGAAAUUUUGCUUCCAAGUAAUGUUCAAAGAUCUCGCGUUUCUGCGAUUCGGGAUCAUAGAAGCGAGUUCCCAUCACUUGAUCGCCCAAAGGGUGAUCCCGUUGAAAUGCUUGAAGCCAGGCUACAGGCACGUGCGGCUGCGUUCCUGCAAAAACAAACCCUUGGCCCUGUCCACGCUUUUUAUCUAUUCCCGUUUGGAGGAGGAGAGCCUGGAUUACAACACGUGUUGCCGGGAUCACAAGGAGUCGUCGAAGCGGCCCUCGUCCGGGAAGGAGCCGGAAAAACUGACCACCGUGGAUCCUGGGUUAGGCGGGGUUACGCUGAAGAGGAGAAUGUUCUUCCUGAUGGUUUAUCACGUGAUACCAGACGAGCCGUACACCAUUCUGAAAGUAACGCAGGAGAGCACGACGCAAGAGGUGAUGCUACAAGCUCUUCAAAAGGCUGGAAUAUCGGCGGACCGCGUCGACGAGUAUAUCCUCGUCGAGGAGGUGUCUUGCGGCUGGGAGAAGAGGGACAGGGAGGAGCUGCCCACUCAACGGGUGUUGGACCCGACCGAGCAUCCGUUGCAAGCUCAAGCUCUGUGGAAGGGGCAGGGCCGUUUUCUGCUGAAGAGAGUAGGGGACGAUCCGAGCAGCAGGGCCUGGUUGGCCUCGAUCAGAAGCACGGCCGGCCACUCGAAGCUCGACUCGGAGAGGGACACGUCGACGCACAUCUGGGACGAGGCUGACACGUUUCUCGUUUGCAUCUACAACGUGUCGCCCGACAUACCGUACGCGAUACUCCGCGUGCCCGUCAGCAGUUCCGCCCAGGACGUUCUUGCCCAGGCCUUGGUUAAGGCCAGAAGGAUGGAGGAUCCGAUAAAGUUCGCUUUGGUCGAGGAACUGGAAUGGGGUGGGACCGGGGCUGUUGGGAGCGGUAGCCGCCAACUGAGGGUGUUGCGCGACGACGAGAACGUGUACAGCACCCAAGCCUUUUGGAAAACUCUAGGAAGAUUCAUCAUGAGGGAGAGGGAGCAAGCGAUACCCAGGCGGCACUUGUUGCCAGCCACCUUGGACAGGCUCAGCAAAGGUUUCUCCGUGGGGAGGUCGGUCUCCUUGCCCGGUUCCAGCAAGGAGAAGGUCCCUGUCUCCGAAGCCCUCUCCGACCCGACCUCCAGAGGGCUCAGGCAUCGCCUGCUGAUGCACGGCCGUAGGAGGGAAGUUCACUCCGAUGGCGAGGAUACCCGCGAGUCCGAUAUCUUGAACGCGGCCCUCCACUUGAAAAAAGUGUCGUUGAGAAAGUUGAGGGUGUGGAAGUCAUAGUGGCAGUCAAGGGCGACGUCGAUAUCCUCGAUCUUCGCCACUCGGAGAAACCAACCGUAAGUUACGAUUGAUAGAAUUGCAUUGAAUCGUAGGGGGUCGAACGUGAGAUUCGAUAGGGAGAGCCUUCGAACGUUCGUGUCGUUUAAAAGAAAAAAAAGAAAAGGAAAGGAAAGAAAAGAAACAGUCCACUCGAUAACCAGCAUUGGAACUGGUUAUGGUAUUAGUAAAAAAAAAAAAAAAAGAUGCCUAAUUGUACUCAACACUGCUUAAAAUAUGCUAUAAAUCUGGAUCUUUAAAAAACGUUAUUACUUGGAGAUGGGACCGGUGUUAGCGACGAACAGUAUCAUCGGUUGAGACAGAGUUUGAUUGGACGUAAAAAAAAUUGAAAAGACACGCUUGAAUAUAGGUUUGAAGAAGAGAGAGGAAGAGAGAGAGAGGAAGAGAGAUAGGAAAGCGAGCUACGAUACGUUCGAACAAUCCUGUUAAUGCAUAUUACGCGCUGCCUCAAAUUUUUAUGAAACUCAUCGAUGAUUUUCAUACGCGUCCAUAUCUGUUUCGUCACACUGAUACAACAGUGGAUAUAUUUGUCUCCUCUUUUAUUUAAGCUUUGAAAAUGAAUUUUAUAACGAUAUAGUAUCCUUGACAAUUCGUUACUUUUAACUGUUCAUCAUCAUCACUUUUCUAGUCAUAUUGAUAUUAUACAAAUAUACAAAUGUUACAUGAUCUCCAAGAAAAUGAGUUCCUUGAAGAGAAGAGUACCGAAGGAUAGUCCAAAGAUAAUAAUAAUAAUAAUAAUAAUGAUAAUGAUAAUAAAAAAAAGAUAAUUUUAAUCGCAAGCUUUAAUUUCGAUUAGAUUGAUUCUUUUGGUUGUAAAUUAAUGUAUAUCUGUUUUUCCAUAUUUUUUUAUACAUAUGUAUAUAUUUUUUUAAUCUAUACAAUAUAUUUUAAUACACGUGUAUAUUUAUAUCUAACUCUAUUGAAAGGAACAUUUGCGUACAUUGUGAGGAAAAAUGGCUUCGAAAUAUGGCUUUUAUCAAGGAUAUAGGGGGAAUUUUUACGGUGAAAAAUUUACUGAGCAUUUAAUUUUGUUUCGAAAAUGAAGCCGGUCAAUUUUCAAUUUUCAAAAAUAUGGAUAUAACUUACAGCGGGACCUGAUUCAUUUUUAUAAGCAUUGACUUGUCCUUCGAAUAAUUAACGCUUGCACUUUAAGUACCUGACUCGUUUUUAGAAGUUCUUUUACUCAUAAUAUAAUCUUCGACAAAAUUGUUAUAAAUAUCAAUGCAUAUCGAUCAUGCAGUCACAAAUUUCUAUUAAAGUUCUGACAAUCAAAGAAUAUUAUUUAAUUCUAUAUAAAUAUAUAUAUUUUUUUUUUUGUAAAAUUUUUACUUUUUUAACAACAAUAUUGCAAUAUCUUUUUACUUAUCGAAAUAUUCGCUCUUUUUUUAUAUUUUGAUUAUUUUUCGUGUAAAAGAGACAAUAACGAAUCGCUUCUCUUAUUGCUUUUUCAACAAAUUUUUUACACAAUUUUGAAAACAAUUCUCGAUACAAACUCGACUGCAUGAUUUUUUUCAAGAACACAUUCAAAUAAACAAAAAAAUGAUAUAUCAAAUUUAUUUAUCUCAUCUGCGAAAUAUAAAAUUUCCAUAAUACCAUAAUUUUCUAUUUCCUCUACACCCGUUACAUACCUCAUAAGAUUAAUAUUUUAUUUCCACAUCGCUCCAUCCCCUCCCCACUUUAUAGAAGACAAAGUAGCAAACUCUAAAGUAAGAAUCUACGUCUAAAUAAAAUAAAAAAAAUAAAAAAAUGACGAACGAGACGUCUAGUCAAGCUCUAUCAUCGAUGUAUGUUUAGAGACGCACUUCAAGUAAGAUAUAUAUAAAAAUUUUGUAUGAACACGACACUAAACUCGUCCAUAAUCGAACAAAGCAGCAUUCUAACCGAGAGAAUCAUCGUAGAUCAAAAAAGAAAAAAAAAAAAAGAAAAGGAAAGGAAAGGAAAGGAAAAAAAAAAAAGAAAAAACAAAUUCUCGAAAUCACGCAGUGAAGUAAAGAGUUACAAAAUAAAAAUUAACUUGUUACAGCUCUAGUAUUUAAUAAUAAUAAUAAUAAUAGUAAUAAUAAUAAUAAUAAUAAUAAAGAUAUGAAACAACAGUAUUAUUUCCAUGUUCCCAUCGAUCGCGUUGAAUGAAACGAACUAUCAUUCAACGAAGCUAUCAUUCUAGUCUUCAUACGUACUGUGGAGAUUUGUUUUUAAUUAAUUCGUUAACGAGAACGAAAUGCAGGCAAUAUAUAUAUUAUAUAUGUACAUAUAUAUAUAUAUCCUCUUGUUUAAUUGAUGAUCGAGCGAUCAUCCGAGGAUCAGAGAUUUUUUCUGCGCGAAACUAAACGAAACGAGAGAUCUUUACGGCGCGUGAAUAUUCAUUGCUAUUAUUCAGAAUUCGUAUUUAUUAAAUAUAUAUUGUUGAUAUUGGAGAAAAAAAGAAGAGAGAGCGCGAGAGAAAGAGAGAGAGAAAAUGUAGAUGAUCGAUGUUACUUUUACAAUCAUAAUAAUAAUAAUGCCUCCCUGUCCCUCGACUAUUAUAUAACUGCGAGUAUAUUAUUAUUGUAGAUUAUAAAAAUAUAUGAGACCAAGGAGUGUCGAUCGAUAUUUUUCAAUAUUACGUCGUUCCGAUUGUUUAAAGAGCAGACAGUGCAUCUGAAUCGGUUUCGAUCGAUUCCUUCCAAUCGGAAUCUUUUGCCUAAUUUUCAUGGUAUAACUCUUGUAUAUGUACAAUAGACGGAGAUAAAUUAGAGAAGAGAGAGAGAGAGAGAGAGAGAAAGAGAGAAAAAGGAGAUAAGGUGAUAUAUAAAAUCUACCUACCACGGAGGGAGGGACGCCACGAAUAAAUAUAUUAUCCUUUGUCUUCCAUGCAUAAUCAUCCUAACGAAUAUCAUAGUUUCAACGAACCAUGGACUGACAGUUUUGAAACGCUGAUUCUUCCUCUGAUUCUAGAGUUUUCUAGAAAUUUUCUGAUUCUAGAAGCGGCAAAGUGUGUCUCACGAAAAAUUUGUCGAGUGUGAUAUUUUGGUUUGAUCGAAGAAUUUAAAAAAAAAAUGAAAUUUCGUAAUAUUUUACGAUCGAAUGCGAUUAUCGAAUCGGGAUGCCGUUUCCAGAAUUAAAUAAAAAUGAUGGUUUUAGACAAUUUCGUGGCGUCCCUCGUGCUCCUCGAUAUAUAUUUUUGGACACCACUUCCUUCAUCCAUAUUCUACCCCUUUUUUCGAAUAUAUCUAACAAUAUAUAUUCUCGAAGCAAAAUUCCAAGAUUUAAUGGAGAAAUAAGAGAAGAAUUUAUACUUUAUAUUAAUAUAAACUUUAUAUUUAAAUUUAAAUUUUAUUUUUCAAAUUUUGUAUAUAUUUUUUUUUUUAUUAUUAUUCUGUAAUACUUGGUAUUAUUGAUUUAUCUCUUUAUUAGUGAAAUUUUAAUUUUACGUGAUUACGAAAAUCCACGUUUCGAAUAAUCUAAAUUAUAUCGAAAAAUUGAUACAAAAUUUCAAUACUAAUGGAAUUUUUUUUAAAUCUAUUAAUCAAAAUUGACGCUCUAUAACUCUCUAUGACAUAUCUAUUUAAAAAUCGUGAAUCUUCUACGUCGGAUAUAAUUUUCUACAAAUGUAUAAUCGUACGAUAAUUUGAAACAAUUAAAAAUAAUAAAAAAUUUAAAAAAAAAAAAUGAAAUACCAAUUAUACGUAAUCAAAAUAAAAACAAAACUCCAAAAGUACAAUGUCUCGUAUAAAUAAUUACAUAAUUACAAAUAUCUUCGAUAAGUCUUUAGACGCAACAUUUACGCAUCUUGUCAAUUCAACAUUAAUUUCAUUCAUUUCGAUAGAUAAACUUUAUUAAAGAGAUAAGGAAGCAUAAAUAUCACGGUCAAUGCAAGACUUUUUACGCAAACAAAAAAUGAAUAUUUACACACCAAGAAAAAAAACAAGUAUUUACGUAAUGUACAGCAAACUAUCGUGGAACAUUCUGUAAAUAUAUAGGAAGCAACAACAAAGGGCUACUAAUAACGAUAAUUAAUUGUUGUAGUUUAUUUCGAUGCUCCUUGAGUCUCGGAUAAAACCCCCGCAUCGAGAGUAUCAUCGAUUAAUACGGACGUCUUUCGAAUGUUAGAAAAGAGAUACUAAAAAAGCGAUAGAUUCUCGUACCAAGCUACUUACUAUUUAUUAUUCAACUUUUCACAGGCAUUCGCGUCGCUACGAGUGUGCAGUGUGUUUAAAAUUUCCAUUAGGUCCCGUUGAUCUUCCAGUUAAAAAAAAAAAAAACUUCGAAACUUUGUUCGAUGUUUUCAAAUUAAAUUUUCGAACGUUUAGGAAACGAUGGACCGUUGUAAAGAAAAUUAUACGCGUGGAACGAAAUUAUACUUUUACCAGUUUUGUGAAAGAUUCGAUCCUCCGAAAAGAAAUUGAUAAAUGAAAUCAUGGAAAUCAAAAAUUUUACGUAAUAACGUAAUUUCGCAUUUAGGAUGUUAAUAAUUGAAUCAAAAUACGAACUUACAAUCGUUUUUCCUCCCCAAUGAAAGAUUAUUCAAAAUUAUUUUAUCGCAAUUCGAUUGAUUUCGUAACGACGCACAUGCUCAGAAGUCCCUUCUUUACGGCUGAUUCCGGAAUAUUUGUUGAGAAAUAUUUAUAAGACGGAAGCUACGUUGUAUUCCACGCGAUAAGAAACAACUACUUCUUAAAACUUUUGGGACCAUACUCAUUAAUCAUAUUUUCGAACGAUCUCUCGGGGUUAAUCAAACGAUACAGUAUUAAAAAAUUUCUUUUCGUCGAUGAAAAUUAUGCGAAACAACUGGGUGGGGGAUUUAAAAGGGAGAGAUUCAAAAAGGCGAGAAGAAAAUAAAAGGAACGAGAUCGAACAGCUCGAAAUCGACAUUCGACGAGAUACAAAAAAACGCGAAUAAAAUAAAUCGGCGGAUACUUUUUAGACGCUGUUAUCUAUCCUCCGAUCACUCGAAACUUCGAAUAUAAAAAUUGUUCGUAGAAAUGAUCGUUCGUUGCGAAUUGUAGAAUUAUUGUAAAGAAAAUAAGCUGAUAGAACGUCGUGUCGAAAUCGCAUUUCAAAUAUUAUCACCGUUUCGAAUAAAUAUUAUCGAUGGAUCACCGAGAAUUGAAAAAAAACAAUGAUUACGAUCGUAAGAUUUUCUGAAUCGAUGCUCUCGAAUUUUUGAUUGAAAAAGAAGUAACGAUGUUAUGCAAUUACCCAUUCUCAUCGCAUUCUUUUAAAUUAACGAGGAUUUUUCGAUCCAAGAAAGAACAAAUAAUAUUUUUCCUCUUGCCUGCUGCAUUUAUUUAUUUGAAACAACAUUUUUUAUAAUUUUUCAUCUCAUAAAAUUACUAAUCUCUAUAAACAGAUCAAGACAAAUUAUUUUCUAAUAUUUCGAAUAUCUCAAAGCUUCUGACUUCGAUGCUCCCGAAUCAUUGAAAUCAUUCGUUUCAAACUUGCGUUAUAUUCGAAAGCUUCGAUUCGAGCAAAUCUUAUCGUCUCGUAUCGUUCGACGUUAAAUGGUUAGGAUCGAUCGCGUGAGAUAAAGGAGAGAGGGAACAAAUGUAAAUUGAGGCGAUCAACUCCGAUUAUCCUUUUUUUUUUUGAUCGAAUCGAAUUCGAAGAGGAACAUAAACGAAAAACGUGGCGUGCAUGCGAAAGAAAUACCCUGUAUCGAUCGGGCAUAUCCCUGUUGUACAUAUCCGUGGUUCUUCAGUAGUUGUUAUUUACAUUGAAUAUCUGCGCGCAAUGUAUUUACGACGUAUAAUAAUAAUAAUAAUAAUAGUAAUAGUAAUAAUAAUAAUAAUAAUAAUUAAACAAAAAAAAAAGAGAAAACUGCAUGCGUUUGUGCGUAUACGUAUAUCUGUGGAAAAUAUGGAUACGCAUAUACGGCAUAAUCGUGAGGUAUCGGAUGAUUUGAUAACAAUCGAUGCUUUCGAAGUUCAAUAUUUCGCGUUGUUUAAAAGGAAAGGAAACUGGUUAAUCGAUAUAAAAUGAAUAUAAAAUACUUGCAACUUCGUUACGAGAGAGAUUAAAGCUUUUGCUGUAUUAUUAAAGAAACGGAUCGGCACGAUCCAACGAUUUUCUAAUAAAAGUUUACCUAUUGUACGAGAUUGUUACAGUUAAUGAAAUAGUAAUCACGAGCUUCUUUUGCUUUCGUCUGUUGUAAAAAUGCGCAGAAAAGUAAAAUUUGUAGUACGAUUAUAAAGGGAAAAAAUAUAUAUAUAUACAUAUAAUUAAUUAAUGCAUUGACUAGGAAGAAACUAACACGAUCGAACGUCGAUCGGACACGAUGAAAGUUAAAUUAAGGGAUAAUAAUGCUUAAUAUAUUCGUGAUAGAAAAUUCAGAGCGACAAUUGUUAUCGGAUCAAACCGUACAAGAAUAUCCUCAACAGCUAAUUAUGUGCUGCACUUUUGUACGGAAUGCGAUUCGAAGCCAAAGAAAAUUUAAGGGGAAUAAGAGGCAGAGAUAACAAUUAAUAGAAAAAGAAUUUAAAAGAGUAAAAAUAAAAAAGUUAAUAGGAAGAAACAGUUUACGAUGAUGUUUCUGCCGCGUGACCAGGCUGGUCCGGCCACGGCUAUUAAUCUCUAAUAUAUAUAUAUAUAUAUAUAUUUCAUACGAGAUGUCUUUUCAAGUGUGAAUUUUAUGAUAUAUAUAUAUAUAUAUAUAUAUAUUACAUAUAUGUAUUAAUUAACAUACAUACGUAUAUAUACAUUAUAGAAUGUGGGUCGUUUUCACUGCAUUCUCAUCGACGGCUUUUUGGUGCAUUGUUAGUAAAUUAGGUCAUUGCGACUGCUGAUAUUGAUCGCGUGUACAAGACAUUAAAUAAUUAAUUGAUUUGUUAAAUCUUCGCCGAACAGUAGUAACGUAACCAGCUGGAAGAAGUGACUUCGAAGUAGAAUUAAAUCGUUCCUGCUAAAAAAUGUCCUUUUAUUUAUUACGUUCUUCGAAUAAUAUCUUUCUUUCCUACUUCGAUUCUUUACGGAUUGAGUGUUGUUCCAGAUUUCAUCGAUAUCGUGUAGUUAAUCGACACCGUGGAUAAUUGCGAUUAUCCAAUUGUAAAUUAUUCUUUUUUUAAAGUAACGAUCAAUUUAUGCGUUACUUAUAAUUUAUUUCCCAUAUUUCAUUUCACUGUAUUUUACUGUUAAUAUGUAUGAUACAUUUUAAACUGUUAAUAUGUACAAUCUUCGUUUAUAUGUAUUUUAAUAUCGUAUUGCAAUUAUGUGCCAAAUUGAGCAAAUUCAAAACGAUGACGAAUUAUGCUUUCCUUAAAUAAACAUAAAGAAUACAUAAUGAAAAUUUUUAUUAAAUUUUUCUUAUUUAUUACUUUCUUCUCAUAUGUACAUAUAUAUGUAUACAUAUACUGUGUAUAUAUUUUCAAUUGUGUAUGAUAUAAUUUAUUUUAUAUUUUUGUAGACUAUUAAAAAAAAAAAAAGAAAUAUAUCUGUUAAUUAAAAUUAUACUCGAUAAUACGUCCAAUAGAAGAAGCAUUUUUUCUAGGUACUAAACAUCCUGGUUACGUCACAACUUAACACUGUAACGCAAUCGUAUAACUAUUAUUAACUGCAUUUGGUAAUAAAUAUAUUUACGAAGCAAUUAUAGAUCAUAACCAUCUCACGAAGAAUAUGUCGAUAUUUGAAAUUGAACAUAAUGCUUUAAUAUCUUGUGCCACAAAUUUAGGAUAUAAAUAAUAAAUAUAUCGACUCUUCUCAAAGACGUUUUCGUUUAAUAGUUAAGUUUUAAGGAAUGUGAAACAUUUAAAUUUACAAAUAUAUUUUUCAUUAAAAUUUUAAUACGAUUAAGUUACGAAUAAGUUAUCCACUACCUACAAUUAAAUCGUCAAAUUAAAUAUUUGAAUAAAUCUAGAAAUUUUUUCCACAUUUUAUAUAUUUCUAAAAAUUUAACUUUAUAAUUCUAAUUAAGUAUAUCUUAAAUUACUUUUAAUUUGUACCCAGUGAUAAUUAAAUAUUUAUACCAAUUAAAAAAUGUUACUUACAUUUUUUUAGUUCCUGUAAUUAUAAGUUUUCUAUUAGUCGAUCCUCUUGUAAUACAUUUUUAAUUCCUCAUCGACCGAUUAAUGAGAAAAUAAUUCGACGAGAUACUUAGACGAGCGAUUAAAAAAGAAAUCAUUAUUACAUUAAUAAUAAAUCAAUGCUAGAAUGGGAAGAAGUUACAAUUAAACAAUUUUCUCUUUUAGAAUAUAAACAAGAAUCAUUGUCUAUGAUGAACGAAAAUCGAUAUGGCGAGUCUAACGUUAUUAUAAGUAGUUAUCAUCGUAACAUCAUAUCCAGUAUAUUGCGUGAAUAUCGAGAAAAUACGAAAGGUAGACGAAAAAUAAACGUAUCGAUAAAAAAAGAACAAUUCUUUUACUAAUAUGCGCCAAUACGUCGUAGCAUGAAUUUCGUUAUAUUUAAGUGAUAAGUAAAUUUUAGAAAAAAAAAAAGGAAAAAGGAAUAAUAACAAAUUUGAAAAAAGAUCGUAGAGAGUAAUAUUACAUAGUAAUUCUCUUUGGCGUUAUUACGUAAACUUGGGAAUAGUCUUCGUUCUCGUUUCGAGGAAUAAUGGUAAUUAUAUCCAUAAAAAGGAAAACGCAUGCGGCCAUCUUGAAACUUAUGUAUAAUUUAUCACUACGAUACUGUGUUAAUAUAUCAUUGGCAUUGUUAAAAGAAAAAGAAAAUCUACAUGUAAAUAAACAUAAAAAGCAUUUUUAUAAAUAA